UAUGUCUCAGAUGAGUUCUGAGUGCAUAAACAAACCCCACCAUAUAAACAUUGUCAAAUCUUAGAGAGAGAACGAAAGGGUUCUGUAGACAGAGAUAACACGCUAAUGGCGCCAGAAAUUGUUCUUCAAUUGGCGCUCCUAACCCUAGCGUUAGCAAUGUUCUUCGCGAUCCACAGGCUCCCCAAAGGGGCCCUAACCAAGCUCAGAACCAAGCACCGAGCAACCCUCCUGUCCAACCGCCACUUCGUCCAAGGGUCCCAUCUCCUGGAUCGGGCGCGAUCCACACCCCACCGGAUCCAAUCCUUGACCCACGCCAAGUCAGCUCUGCUCGAAGCCGAGAAGGCCGUCUCGCUCUCACCGAAGGACCCGGCGCCUCACAUCCUCAAAGCCAUGGCUCUGGACCUCCUCGGCCACAAGACCUCCGCGCUGAGAUCGCUGGACCUGGCCUUGUCCUCCCCGCGCGUGAGGUCAAUCGUCGGGAAGGAGCGCGGGGACGCGCUGGUGAAGAGGGCAGAGUUGAAGCUGGGGAUGAAUCGGAAGCGACGAGUCGACUCGGCGGUGGAGGACCUGGUGGAGGCGGGGAGGGUGAGCGGGGAUAGCAACACGAGGGCGUAUUGUUUGCUGGGAGAGUGUUACGAGUGGAAAGGAAGGAAAGAGGAGGCCAGAGAGGCAUUCGAGAACGCCUUAAGGGUCCAGCCUGAUUCGGUCGCGGCUCGCCAUGCCUUGGAUCGGUUGAGGGUCCCUAAGCCACUGAUCUUAUCGAAGGUUUCGCCAAAAGGAGCGGCACGUGAUCCACACGUGCGGGUCAAAGUUCGCACGUGGCCUCCACUCGCCACCACACAGUAGGCUCUGUUCGCGGCGUUUCUGGGGUCAACGAUCUCGGUAGCUUCAAGAUCGACAGUCCAGCACACUCCUAGCGUGGAGUGUGUCCUUCACGUGCCAUUACAGCCUUCUUGCUCAGUGUUUUUUCAGUUUUCAGUAUAUUUCAAGUUUAUGUUUUGUUGUAUUUCUGUUUUUUCGAUUUUUCCUAUAUUUCUUUGUUCUGUUGCUUGUGGUAGGUAAAAAUAAAAAGAAAUAGACUAUUGGACUUGUUGUCCAUAGCAAGAGAACCCUCUCCUUCUUUGGAGGAUGGGGGAUGGUUUUCUCUCUCCUCAUUUCGAGAAUGGAGGUUGCUUAUCUUAUUUUUAUAGAGUGUUCUAUUCUCAAACAAAUUAGGAUUGAAAUAUCUGUUCUUACAAAGUCUUAUAUCUCAUAAGAUUUUGUCAUUAGAGAGCUUAUAGAAGUUAAGAUAAUGUUCGUUACAAAGAAAUUUGUGUGAAGUGAAGCCUCAAACAAAUGAGUAAUUUGGCUUGUAAUCUGUA